CACAGAUAAUCAUCAGAGAGUGGAAGGUUUGCUGCUCAGCUGCAAUUCAGUUCAUAAAGGAGGAAGAAACUUCAUCAUGAGCGCAUCAAAUGUCACGACAGAGGACCGGGUUUAUGCUGGGGUCUUUGGCUGCAUUAUGGUGAUAGGUCUGCCUCUCAAUGCAGCAUCACUGUGGAUUCUUCUUCGCCGCCACAGCCUCAGAUCGCCCAACGCUGUCUUCAUGGUCAACCUGGCACUCUCAGACCUGCUAGCCAUCAUCUCUUUGCCCAUGAGGAUCUACUUUCACGCCACCCGUGAAUGGCCUCUGAGCAAUAUGGCGUGCCAAUUCAUCACAAUGCUUUUUCGCAACAACCUCCGCUCCAGCGCCUUCUUCAUUACUUUCAUCAGCGUGGACAGACUUCUGGCUGUGGUUUAUCCUCUGAGGUCACGCCAUCUUCGAACUUCAUCUAAUGCCUGGAAAGGAGCAGCAAUGGUCUGGCUAUUUGUGCUGGUAUUGAAUGUUCCAGAGAGAUUGGACUUUGUAAAAAAUGCCAACAGUAGUUGUUUUGAUUUCAGUCCUGAAUGGAGACCAGGUUUAACUAAAGGUAUAGCAUUUCUAUAUCUUAUGUUAAUCAUCACAAUGCUAGCAGUCAACAUUGUGUGCACUGUUACGGUGUCUUGGGUACUGCGUAGACAUCUCAUUGACUCUGCGAUCAACAACAAGAUGAAUGUAAUGCUGAUAUUUGUCAUGAACUUGGUUUUGUUUACUAUCUGUUUCCUACCUUUGUCAAUAGGUGUAGUUACAGUUAAACCUACUGAAUUAAAGCCAUUGAUAUGUCUUAGUGCUGUGAACUGUUGUCUAGAUCCAUUUUUAUAUUACUUUUCCUUUGAUGGCUUCUGGAAGAAAAAAGAAGAUGCGGAUCCGUCAAGAGAGCAGUAACCUUAGGACAUGCCAUUUCAAUGUAAAAUUCUAGUCACAUUAAGGUUUUCCUAUUUUCCAAAAAAAGUGAUUGUGUAGCCAUGGGACAGGUAUUUUGUUCAACUGUAUUGGGAGAUUUUUUAUUUUUUUUUGUAGGUAAUUGUUUAAUAA